AUGACGAUCGGAAGAAAGCCACGCGUUGUAUCCCUUGGAACUCCUGCAUUCGUGGGUGAGGAGUACAUCGCUCGAUUCCAAACCCAAUUUGACUACUCUGUCUUGCCUGCAACAAAUCGUGAGGAGACACAGACCUUGCUACCAAAAGACAUCAAGGAGAAUGGACCUAUAGAUGCAUUUAUCAUUCGGAUGGGCACAUCACCCUAUGAGCCAUUCGACGAGGAUCUGCUCAAGGCACUAGCACCAGGGUGCAAGAUUAUCACUUCUGCCAGUGCGGGAUACAAUGAGUUCGAUGUGGACUGGAUGGCCAGUCAAGAGAUUGUGUUCUGCAAUACGGUCAAUGCAGUCGCGGAGGCUACAGCAGAUAUGGCCAUCUUCUUGACACUUGCCGUCUUGAGGAAUACUACAAAUGCCGAGAAGAGUGCCCGGAACGGUACGUGGAGGAAGGGGGCGAACCUCGUUCCCACUUGCGAUCCGUCGGGACUCACUUUUGGUAUUGUCGGUAUGGGGGCCAUUGGAAAGUACCUCGCUAAGAAAGCCGCUGUUUUUAACAUGAAGAUCAAAUACUACAAUCGCAACCAGCUCCCGGCUGCCGAGGAGGAGACAUAUGGGGCAACAUACUGCAAGUCAUUGCAUGGUCUUCUCCAUGAAGCAGAUGUGGUCUCCCUCAAUUGCCCCCUCAAUGCUGCAACCACGAACCUUAUCAGCACAGCUGAGUUUGCUGCUAUGAAAGAUGGAGUAUUCCUCGUCAAUACAGCUAGAGGAGCAGUCAUUGAUGAGGAAGCUCUUAUUGCGGCGCUAGAGUCAGGCAAGGUACAGCGUGCAGGGCUUGAUGUAUUUGUCAAUGAGCCGAGUCCAAAUCCCUACUUCUUACAGAGCGACAAAAUUGUUGUGCAACCACAUUUGGGUGGGUUGACAGAGAAGGCAUUCCAGAAAGCUGAGACGGAAUGCUUUGAGAAUAUCCGCGCUUUUUUUGCAACCGGGAAAGCAAAUUCGCCUGUUAACGAUAUCAAGGCGAAGACGCAAAAUGGGGGAACUCACUGA